AUCGAUAGUCUCGCGGUCACAUCCCUAGAGCACGCUGCCGAAUAAAUCCGCAUCAGUGAAAUUCUCGCAUCCAGAGUGCCACUAGUUGAGGGUAAUCAAGUCACAACUGUUUUGUUCACCGACCGUCGCAAUUUUGUCGUCGACGUCGCCGUUUAGUUUCAACCUUUUGAACAUUUCGCAACAUAUACUGUGACCACAAUGCCGAAAGAUACAGUUAUCAAGGUGCAGGAGUACAAAGACACGCUUAUCCAGAAAGCGGAGCUGCUGAUUACCAAGUGCUUCCCGGAGAAGAUUGUCCAGCUGAAUGAGCUGCUCGCAACGCCCAUGUUCAAUGAGCGCGACUUCGAGGAGGUACAUCAGGAUGUAAACAUUCCUGUGCUGCCGCCGGUGCUGGCCAAAAACCACGACGAUAGCGGCAACGAUGACCAUCCGCCGAACAAGCGUGCACGCAACGAUGUCGUUGUCGCUGGCUCCCCCAUGCUGGCGCUGCCAAACGGCUCGGUGUCGUGCAACAAGCCGCUCUGCGAGAUGAUAAAAGUCGUCAAGCCGAUCAUCCGUACUCUGGUAGAGCAUUCCAAUCUGCUGAAGAUGUGGAUCUCGUUCAUGAUACCGAAAAUCGAGGAUGGCAACAAUUUUGGCGUCUCCAUACAGGAGGAUACGCUGGCCGAAAUCCAGACUGUGGAGUCGGAGGCGGCAGCGUUCUACGAUCAGAUUUCGCGAUAUUUCCUUUCGCGCGCCAAGGUUGUGUCCAAGGUGGCGAAAUAUCCGCACAUCGAGGACUAUCGAAGAGCCGUUGUCGAGUUGGAUGAAAAGGAAUACCUCAGUCUGUGGUUGGUGGUCUGCGAGGUGCGCAACCGCUACUCCUCGCUCCACGACAUAGUCAUUAAGAACUUGGAGAAGCUUAAGAAGCCUCGCUCCUCGAACACCGAGAGUCUUUACUAGUGAUCCUUCUCCUCCUUCUCCAUACAUACAUAUACAUAAAAUAUCGUAUCUACCUACUCUCUUUCUCUAUAAAACCUCCUCCGCCCCGCGGGCAAGACAAGAAGACAGACCCCCAGCCAGGCAUAGAAGAGCGUUACGCUGGCGAACAGAGACAGACCGAGAAUCUUUUUUUUUGGCCACAUAGAAAUCAUACUCGAAGCUUUUCCAUUUUGAAUUACAGAUACAGAAAUACCAACUACAAUUACACACUUAUUCUUACACAAAUAACAGUAACAGGUAACGAUAACGAGUAACAAGUAACGAGUAAAGGUAAUAGCGACUAGACAGCGAACCAAAAGGCAAAUGGAAUGUUCACUUCUCAUUUACCAUUUUCUAGAAUCGUUUAAGCUCUAAAGUAACAUGCGAUAUGUAUAGAUUCCAGCGAAAAUAUCUAUAGCUAUAGCUAUACAUACUGUACUCAAUAAACCCCAAAUGUUGCGUUGUCUACCGUGAUGCAAAAGAAAAAAA